AUGGCCACCGCACAGCACGCCGACCCGGAGGCUCUCUACACAAAGCAAGCAUGUAUAGGAGGAGGAAGCUUCGGCAAGGUCUACAAAGGCGUGGAUAAGCGGACGGGCCAGUCAGUUGCCAUAAAGAUUAUCGAUGUCGAAAACGCAGACGAUGAAGUCGACGACAUCAUUCAGGAAAUCUCCAUUCUGUCGGGCCUCAACUCGCCAUACGUCACAAAAUACCAUGGCUCAUACCUCAAGGGUUCCGACUUGUGGAUCAUCAUGGAAUUCUGUUCAGGUGGCAGUUGUGGGGAUAUGCUCAAGCCUGGCGUCCUGCCGGAGGACUACAUAUGUAUCAUCAUUCGGGAAUUGUUGAUGGGUCUGGAAUAUUUGCACAACGAUGGGAAGCUACAUCGAGACAUCAAAGCCGCCAACAUACUGCUGGGAGCCAAUGGACAGGUCAAGUUGGCGGACUUUGGCGUGUCGGGACAAUUGACAGCUACGAUGACGAAGAAAAACACAUUUGUUGGCACACCUUUUUGGAUGGCUCCGGAAGUGAUCAAGCAGUCUGGCUACGAUCACAAGGCGGACAUUUGGUCGUUGGGAAUCACUGCAUUGGAGUUGGCUCUGGGUGAGCCACCGUACAGUGACAUCCACCCAAUGAAGGUAUUGUUCUUGAUCCCGAAGAACCCCGCGCCGUCAUUGGAGGGCAACUUCAGUCGGGACUUCAAAGACUUUGUGGGCAAAUGUCUACGAAAGGAGCCAAGAGAACGGCCGAGCGCGAAAGAUCUGCUCAAGCACCCGUGGAUCCGAAAAGCGAAGCGAACGGCAUAUCUGACAGAAUUGAUUGAGCGUCACGAGAGGUGGCAAGCGACGCACCGAGAGGAUAAAGACUAUGAUGACGAAGACGACGUACGAGAAUCCUCGCCCAUGUCAGAUCGAGAUCAGGAGGAUCUGUGGGAUUUCGGGACUGUCAGACCGGCUGGGCGACGCAAUCACAACACGCCUGGACUGCGAACGAUGAACGAGGCUGGUAUGAACGCUCGAAGCUCUCAGCAACCGCAUUCACCCACCAAGCGAGUCGUGUCGAACAAGGAAAAUGACUGGGUAGUGGCGGACGUGGAGAAUAUGAUGGAAGACGACACUCUCCGUGGCGGCGCAAUGCUGCCUCCACCUUUACCGAAAACUCCCUCGCCGUCGAAGAAGCCAGCGGCAAUCUCAUCACCAGACCGCGCGGCGCAAGUCCCUCUCCCCGCUACUCCCUCUCGCAAACCGGUCUCACUACCCCCAGUCGCUCAGACACCACCUCCACAGCCCCGGAACGAGGAGUCUCACUUAUCGCCACAACCUCCUGCCACUCCUGCCACGCCACGCCUCCUCAACGACGACUUUCUCCAACAGUCCAUCGCCAGCGACAUGUCGCAAUACAUGAAGAACCUUUCCAUCCAAGAUGCUACAACCCCCGCACCAAGAACUCCCCAAGCCGCUUCCAUCCCAAUCGCUCUUGACGCAUCCAAGGCUCCUCCCACCAACGGGCUCUACCAAAAGCCAUUACCAAUGUUCGCACCUCCUACGUCAAACUCUCGAACGGAAGCACAACCUUCUCAACCUCGAUCUCAACCUCCACCGCUCGAUCGUGGAAACACCCUGACCUCUGUCGUUCUCCCCGCUCUCGAAGCGGCCCUCCACCGCCGAGCCUACCAACUCUCCCAACUUCAAAAGAAACACCAAUCGUCCUUGAGCAACAGCCGUCCCGCUCACGAUCAGAUAAGGAAAUGCAUGUCGAAGAUCUCAAGGCUGUUCUCAGAAGUCGAACACUGGGACUCCGUGGCGCCGGUUGGAAUGGGCGAUGGCGUAGAGGGAUUGCUAGAAGGCUUUCUGGAGGAGGUCCUGUGUCGGGUAGAGGCGGAGGAUGCAUGA